AAGAUGGCUUCCAGAGCUACAGCUUCCAUUGCCUUGCUUCUUUCACUUAACCUUGUUUUCUUCAGUAUGGUGAGCGCUACCACUUGCCCUAUUGACGCCCUACAACUGAAGGUAUGUGCCAAUGUGCUGGGGAUUAUUCAAAUCCCACCAAAUGAACCUUGUUGUAGCCUUCUUGGUAAUCUUGUUGCUCUUGAAGCUGGUGUUUGCCUUUGCACCGCCAUUAAAGCUAAUAUUUUGGGCCUAAACCUAAAUAUUCCUCUUGACCUGAGCUUGUACCUCAACAAUUGCGGCCUGAACGCUCCAGGAGGACUCCAGUGUCCUUAA